AUGUCGCAGCCCUCGGGGGAGAGUUUCUACCGUAACCUUGGCCAACCUCGCGAUGCUCCUGUACCCGAUUACCCGCAAGUACCCGGUGAUGGCGCUCAUCCCGAACCCGGGGGCACAGGAGACAACCGGCCCUCUCGUGAUGAUCAUGGCGGGAAUCCUACGGCUCCCUCUCAGGAGUCUCAGCCUGACCCCUGGGGAGCCCGAGGCCAGGGACACGAUGACUCGUGGUGGAACUGGAGUAGCAAGCAGCAUAGCUGGUGGGGCUACUCAUGGGGCGAUGGUAGUCGAUGGGGUUCCGCUUGGGAGCCUCAAUCUCGAGACUACGGACGACGAUGGAGUCAAGAUGAAACUUGGGGAACCGGCUCUACCGAGUCGGGAUCUGCGGCUGGCUGCCAGGGGAAUGGCAGUGUGAGCGACGAACGACAGCAUGCUAAAGACGACUCAGUUCCUCCUCCGGCACACAACGGAGGAGAUCCUCAACGCGACCUCGGAGGACUUCCGGAUGGAUGGAAACCGACUGCCCUGCCGAGCGAUCUCCGAGGGAACGCCCGCAACGGGCUCUCCGAAGGCGGGCGAGGUCCGUCAGAGAAAAUGGUGGUGCCCUCCUUCUCGGGCACGGCGGACGCUGGGGAUGAGAACCUGGGCCAGACGGCGAGAUCUUAUCUUCGCCAGAUUGCGGCCUGGAGACGUAUGACACGUCUCGCCCCAGAGGCCCAGGGGCUCACUUACCUCAUCUCCUGGGUGAAGGACAGGUACCUGGACGUCGAGAUCACCCAGGUGGGGCGGUGUCUUUCGGAUUUCUUCCGGAAGUUGAGAAGGAAGCCUGGACAGUCCGUGAGAGACUAUCUCUCGGACUUCGACAGAAGUCUCGCUCGCCUGAACGAGGUGGGCUGCAUCCUCCCGGACCUGGCAGCAGCAUGGGUGCUGGUGGAUCGUAUGGGCCUCGAGGAGAGUGCGGAGCUGAACUUACUGGCUUCAGUGGGGAAUGUUUACAAUCUCAAGUUGCUCCAGCAGGCUUCGAUUGUGCAGGACCGCACAUUGAGGAAGCCCUGGGAAAACUCCUCCCACGGACGGCCAUGGAACAAGAAGGUGCAGUCGGCGAUGAUGGCUGGAUCCUACGACGAGGAGGAAGCGGACGACUUCGGCGAGGAGGCUACUGGGGAGGAAGCGGACAACGGAGUCCCGGAAGCCGUCGCUUCCGAGCUCUACGAGGCCUACGUCACGCACGAGACCGCGCGCCAGAAGUACCGGGACACCCUCAAACUUCGUGGCUCUGAUCCGGAUGGGAUGCGCGAGGCUAUGCACCAGAAGCUCCAGGCGGCUAAGCAGAGGUCGUUCUGCUCGGCGUGCAAACGGCGAGGACAUUGGCACAAAGAUCCACAAUGCCCCUUGAACCAAGGCAAGACCGCAUCCUCGAUGCAUCCCUCUUCCACAGGUGGGACUACGGGAUCUGGGUCGGGGCCAUCCUCUCCUGAGAAGAUUCCCAAGGUGAACUUCCCGUGCCACGUUGUCCAUGUGACCUGGGAUCUGAAUCAGUCUGCCGAGGCUUCGUCGCUCCUCGGGAUCACCGACACGGCUUGCAGCAAGAGCGUUGCGGGGGUCCCUUGGGUCGAGUCCUACCUCAAUGAGGCCCGGAAGAUCGGGUUCAGGCCCCCUUUUCUGGAGGCUAAGGAAUCCUUCAAGUUCGGAGCCUCCCGGGUGUUCGAGGCCCUCUACAGCAUCGUCCUGACGUUUGACAUUGGGGGCCGCCCGAUUAUGGUGCGCAUCUCCGUGGUCAAUGGGGAUGUUCCUCUGCUCCUGUCGCGCCCGGUCCUUGGGAAGCUUGGGAUGGUUCUGGAUGUUGAUCGUAACACUGCAGACUUUCGUGAGCUACGUGUUCAGGAGCUUCAAUUGGUGAUCACUGACACUGGGCAUCCAGCGGUGCCUGUCAAGCCGAUCUAUGUAGACUCUACCCUCGCCCAAGGAGGUGAUUGGAAUGGGCCCGAAGUGAAGAUCCUCUCCGAGCGUGCGCAAUAUACAGUGUUUGCUCUAGAGACGGUCUGUGUCAACAAUUCCGAUAUUCAUGAUGAAGCCCCUGAAUCCAACGAGGUUCCCAACAUUCCUCAGCCCCGUACGUCUACAGAGGGUCCCCUGCAGAUCACCUACAAUACACCAAGGACAAUCCCGAGGCCCCGGAACGAGAACGCCAAGGACGAACCAUCGAUCUUCUACCCUAAGAAACUCGGUGUCGCUGUGAAAGGGAUGCUGCUCGCAGACAAGCUCAGAGCACAGAGGCCAUCUCGUGUAAGACCCAUCGUGAGUAUCAUCCUGUACACGGAGGCUGGCGCGACCCCGAGGACGAUACAUCUCUCCCGUUGCUUUGGGUCGGAAGAUCAGUUUUUAGCCGUGCUCGAAUGUAGAGCAACCACGACCUUUCGAAAUUCGAAAGCUCCCAUGGCUUCGCGCUCGGCUCCAUUGCUGACCGCGCCCACCGUGACGAAGCAGAAGACGCUGUGGGAGCUGACCAAGGACGAGCUCAUCGCCGAGGCCCAAGCCAGGCACCUCCAGUACCACCCGAAGUGGACCGCUGCCGAGAUCCGCCAAGUGAUUCAGGAAGAUCGCGAGAGGGUUUCCGGACCAACGGCAGUGGGACCGCCUCCGGCCCUCAGCAAGAUGACCUUGGAGCAGCUCAAGACUGCGGUGACGGAGGCUGGACUGAGCUACCCCGAGCGGACGAACAAGGCCUCUCUCAUGCGGAUCCUCAGGGACAACGGCGGGAUGGGAGCGCAAACGAUCCUGUCCUUCGGCAGGUUCAAAGGAUGUAUGUACCAGGAGACAGCUCCCAGCUACAGAGUUUGGGCCAUGAACGAAACCGACGCCAACCCUGGGGCCCAGGAGGACUUGAAGAUGUUCGCAGCUUGGUGCCGCAGGGAUCAGGACUCCAAGAGGACGGCUUCCGCCCCCGUGACGAUGGCGGGCUACGUGGACUCCGAGGAGACAGCGACCGUGCCUUACACGCCGGACCCGUUCGAGCAGUGGGACAUGGUGGGAUCGAGGACGGAGGCCGAUAACCUCAUCGGCGUCAUCGACCUCGGGGAUGGACCAGGGAUUGCCCCCUCGGCAUUGAUCGGGGAACGCCCCGGGCCCGGACACCAAGAUGGAGCCGAGAUCUACUACGACUGCGACGGCGGAAGCGACAAGGAGAAUGGAGAGAUGAGGCAGCCCCCUACGAAGUACGAGCUGGAUCCCAUCGAGAUGAACACCUUCGGGGGCGACGAUCUCCGGGACAGUCCCGGGAUAGCAGGCGUUCGGACAACUACACGAAGGAGCAGCAGUGUGAAUGGAGCCCCAGGUGAUCACGGUGAUGUCAGUCAUGUCAUUUCCCCGACGAAGUACCAGCAUGAUCCCGUCGAGAUGAACACCACCGGGGGCCCCAUUAAGUUUAACUUCGGUGAUCUUGGCUUUGAGGACGACUACGAGGCCGCUAUCAACGGAAGUCAGGACUUCGUCGAGGCGUAUCACGCCAAAACCAUCAGGGCCGACAGCGAUGCCGUGAAGGUCAGUGGCGCAGAGUUCGAUUGCGAGAACCUUGCUAAGGACCUGUAUCAUUCUCGGGCUUUUGGAUGCGGUGAUCUUCUACGGCUUUUCGAGAAGCUCCCCAUGAAGGUCACCAAGCGCCACCGAGAGAUCAAUGCGGACGCCGACUGCAAGGUCAGGUCUUUCCUCGGAGGGAUGUGGACACACGGAGGACUUCGAGGACUUUCUCAUCAGUCUCGGCGACUUCCCUGGACGGUCAAGUACGUCAAUAAAGCUAUGAGGGAGUUGUCCUAUGGAGCCUGGGGUGACUCUGUCCCUGUGUGGACGUCCUUCAUCAUCACCCAGAACAUGCAGACCAAGCUCCACAAGGACGUCCACAAUCUCCUUGGAAGCCAAGUCCUCACCAUGUCCCUCGGCGAGUUUGAGAAUGGACGUCUUUGGAUUGAAGAUCUGCCUGGAGAGUCACAAGGGGAAGCUACUUUCAGUGACAACAAGAACCACAACCUCCACGGCAACCUGAUCGAUACGAAGGAGAAGCCCUACGUCUUUGACCCCAAGCGACGGCACGCCACUGGAGCCUGGAGUGGAGAGCGAUGGUGCAUCUCCUGCUUCACUACACGGGGGAUUUCUGAUGCGGACCAAGGCGAACGUGACGCACUCCGCGCCAUGUGUUUCCCACUACGAGGCAUCGAGAAGCUGAUCGCCCCAAAACCGGAGCACUACGUGAAGGCCGAUCGUCCGGUCAAGAGUGUGCGAAAAGGGAUGUGGAAAGCUGCCAAGCGACUGGUGGCACUCACCACCGUGUGCUCUGCGGCCGCUUCUUCGUUCACCGGGGAGACUCUACCCUUGCCACGCGGCAAGGACUCCGUGGCUCUUUUGGAAAUCGGAGGAUGGACCAAAACCCUCGAGGCGAGCGACUACAACUUCCUCACUGCCGAGCCCAUCCUUCCCGAGGACCUCUACGAAGACAACUUCCUCGAUAACCUCAACGAAACGAUCAGGACUCUCGAGCCCGGGACUCUCUGGAUCCAUGGAGAUGUUGUGACUGGGUGCCUACCCCAGAUUGGAAAGAUAGCAAGCGAUCAAGUACGCAAAGGGCGAGCAGUUGUUGUGGAAGCGCCCGAGGACGCGACCCUGUGGGAAAGAGACGAGAUCGAACGUGUUCGUGAGGAAGCGGGACUUCUACUUGAAAAGAGGAACAAUGGACGCCGAGAACUCAGGAUCAACGUGGCCCAGUCCUCUCACCAGUUUGCCUACGACGAGGACAUCCAGCCCUUCCGGACCUACCUCGCGGCGCCUACUACGAGGAGCAUCCCGGACUCCGACCCGUACGAGGUGAUGGCCGUGACCGGCGGCGCAUCUUCCAGCACCGAGGAACGAAUCUCUGAAGCCCGCGGUGCCAGUGCGAUCACUUUCAGUGAAGGCAAGAAGAUCCCUGCUCCUGUCCAGUCCUCUCUCAAGAGACUACACCAGAACCUCGGACACCCAACGGCUGAGGACCUGGGCAGGCACCUUCGAUUGGCAGGAAGCUCCCCUGAAGUCGUCGAGGCCGCAAAGAGGCUUCGCUGUCAAGUGUGUGAUCGUCAUCACCGGGGGAAGUCUGCCAAACCGAGCUCGAUGCCGACUCUGCUGGAGUUCAACCAGCUCGUGGCUGUGGAUGCCUUUUCGGUGUACGAUGUGGAACACGUCAGAGUUGAGUUUCUUCUCGUGAUCGACAUCGGCACGGGUUUCUGCGUGGCUCGCCAACUCGAGGGCCACUCCGGAGAAGCCCUGGAGAAAGUUUUCUGUGAUGCCUGGGCCUCCACUUUUGGGCCUCCUGGAAGCAUGAUCCUCGACCUGGAGACAGGCCUCCAAGCCGGGCUUGCAAGAUUCAGUGAAUGGCAUGGGACAUGGAUCCGCCCGAUAGCCGCCCAAGCUCAUUAUCAACAGGGCUCCGUCGAGAGGUGCAUUCGGUCCUGGAAGCAACUCUGGGAGAAAGUGUGCGACGAGAAGUCUGUUGUUGCUUCUGAAGCCGCAAUGGCCGCCACUGUCAUUAAUUCGGCUAUGAACUCGCUGAGGAGAAGUUCCGGAACGAGCCCGGCACAAGCCGUAUGGGGACGCGAGCCGCGUCUACCUGAAGACCUCACUCAUCAGGCCGAGGCGGACCACUUCGAGAGUGUCCUCUCCAGAGACCGUUUGCGAGCACGAGAAUUUGCCCUCAGGAUGAGCGCCCGCACCGCCUACUACAAGUGCCAAGGCGACACGACCCUGAGAAGAGCCCUCAACCACCGAUCGAGGGUGGCUGGACCUGAACUUGCUGUUGGAGACCAUGUUUUCAUCUACCGCAAGCCCAAGUCACAGAAGUUCUGGGAAUGGUAUGGGCCAGGAGUCGUCAUCGGCAAGGAGGGCCCCAACUGGUGGGUUUCCUAUUCAGGGCGCUGCCACCUCACCGCCCCAGAACACCUUCGCGUUGCUAGCGGUGAGGAAAUUGGAGCCGCGUUCUCACUUCAUGCCACCCGAGAUGAUCUCGAAAAGCUCCUGGAGGCCGACUUCGACGACGAGACCCUCUACGUCGACGAUCUCGAGGAGGCCGUCAACGUCGAGGGGGAGCACGAGGUGACGAUUGAUGGCGAGGACGGGAAGAAAGGACCUGGAGAAGAUCCCGAACCUCCUGGACAUGUACAUGCAGCCCACAUGGCCAAGUUCGCCAAGACCGCACGUGGACGGGAGAAGGCCCUCGAGAAGGAGAUCCCUUGGAGUUUGAUUCCCCAAGAGGUCCAAGGACUUUUCAAGGACGCGGAGGCAAAGCAGUACCUCGAGCACCGACAGCACGAAGCUCUCAUUCCCCUCAGCGUCGAGGAGAGCCGCGAGGUCACGAAAACCAAGGGAGACCGGAUUCUCCCCAGCCGCUUUGCCUACCGGGACAAGCACUGGAGCAAGAGGAAGCAAGACGCCAAAGCUCCGUGGAAACCGAAGGCGAGAUUAGUAAUCGGAGGACACCGCGACCCUGACCUCAUGAAGGGACUCAACACUCAUGCUCCGACGAUUUCUCGCCAAGGCAUCCUCCUUCUACUCCAGAUCCUGGCGAGCAACAUGGCACACGGAUGGACCGGACACGCUGGAGAUGUGACCGCGGCUUUCUUGUCCGGAGAGACUCUCGUGCGAGAGUUGUUCCUUCGCCAGCCGAAAACUGGGCUCGGCGAUCUCCAUCCCGAGCAGCUUCUGAGGAUUCGGAAGCCCAUCUUCGGGUUGGUCGAUUCCCCUGCUGCAUGGUGGCAGAAGCUGAGUGGAACGCUCAAGGAGAUGACGCUCUCCGACGAGGAUGGCAAGCAGUGGAUUAUUAGACAGUGCGAACUCGACAACUGCAUCUUCACUGUGCACCAGGUCUUCGAAGAGGCCGGUGGGAAGAUCACCUACGGGAAACCCCAAGCCUACUUGGGGAUCCACGUCGACGACAUUCUCCUGAUCGGGAAUGACAAGCUGUGUGCUCUCCUCAAGCGCGAGUUGAGCAAGAAGUUUCCCAUCGACGAAUGGGAGUCCGGCUCCUUUGACUACGUUGGUUCCUACAUCGACAUCCGCGAGGAUUACAUCAAGGUGAGCCAGGAGUCCUACGUGAGCACUCGCCUCUUUCAGAUUGACGUCGAAAGAGGCGCAAAGGACUGGGAGCCCGCUACGGAGACCCAGAGACUGGACAACAUGUCCCUCAUCGGGGCACUUUCCUGGCUGGCCUCGCAAUCUCGUCCUGACCUUCAGGUAGGGGUCUCAAUGAGCCAACAAUGUCAAAGAGAUCCAUGCGUGGGCGACAUUCGCUUCACCAACUUGCUCGCCCAACGCGCCCUUGAGCACCAGCAGGAAGGAGUCUACAUCUACCCGGUCGACUUCGAGAAGGCGAUCCUCCUCUGCUACCACGACGCAGGAUGGGCGAACUGCCCCCAAGACCAAGACGAUCCGCACUACGCCCUAGACGACGAAGAGGAAAAGCAAGGGAUGAUCGAGGGAGGACCACACAGCCUUCUCUCCCGAAAGGCAAAGAAGGCAAAUUCCUCCAUCGCCUCCCAGCUUGGGUGCUUCUUUGUCUUUGGGAACGACGGAGUCCUCGCUGGCGAGAGGACGCCGAUGAGCAUCCUCGACUGGAAGAGCGGAGCUUGCGAGAGAGUCUGCCGGUCCACCUUCCAGGCGGAGACGAUGGCAUGUGCCUACGGGAUCGAGACCUCCGAGUACAUCUUGAAGUUCCUCCAGACGUUGCUCGAUGGCGACCUUGUGAGAGGCCCAACCAAGUUUCCGGCUCGCUUCAUAAGGAGCUGGUGGGAGGAGAUCAAGAAGGGUAUUAAGCUGACGUUUAGAGAGGAGAAGAUCUUGAACCAGUGUAAAUCGAGGUCUUCCGUCGCCGUCAGGCACAAGAGUUCGUCAAGCAGUGCGAAAAGAGCACCCGUCGCUGUGCGCGGGAGGCUCAAUGUGCACCUUGGUGUGCUGGAUGGUCUCCUGGUCGUCCUCCAUCUGAGGAAGGGCACAUGGGUCGGGGUGUUGCCCGUCGAGGUUGAUGCCAUCGACGGAGCUCUGGUGCUCGCAGCCAUCGAGAGUCGAGCCACGGACGCAAAAGAGGACUAUGAAGAGGCCGCCCUCCUCUGGGAACAGUCAGUGGCAGUGCAGAAAAGGUACCUAUGUGGGCCACGACUAGCAGCAGAGUUGGGGGGCGCCGCCAAGCGCCUGGUGGUCGGCAAGCGAGCCGACUGGCUGUCACACAAUGACGGUGUGACAGUGCUACUACAACACCUACGCAACAGCCUGGGGCGGCCCCAGGUAUCCGAGUUGACCGAGCACCUGUCCAGGUUCUUCAAAGGGUCGCGGAAGCGACCGACAGAGGGCAUGAACGACUACAUCACCCGGAAGAGCGAAGUGUACCUCAGGGCUUGUCAGGCACUACGUCGAGUUGCUCCACUUCACAAGAAGGGCCAAGGGACCACAGGCCGGAUGUGGAGCCGACGAAGCAGCGGCGACUACUCGUACUACCCCGAGACGGAGAACGAGGAGCCCGAGGAAGCAGGAGAUGGACAGGAGGCCCAGGAUGGAUCCACCACAACGGCGAGUACUACACGAAACAACGAUCAGUGGAAUGCGUGGAAUCCCUACUGGGGUGGAAGCUGGUGGUCAAGUGGAUGGAACCAGGGAUACUGGAACUACGGCGGAGGUGGAACAUGGGGACGCCAGGCGUCUACCGAGCCGGAGGACAGUCUCCCAGAUCUCCUCCCGGACUUCGUGCAAGGAUGGUACCUUUUACAUGAUGCCGGCCUGGACCACAUGUCCAGGAACCUGGUGAUGACCGCCCUUCAAGGCGACUUCAGCUACAUGAAGGUAGCCCAGGAGCUCAGAAACCAGUUCGGCGACGAACACAAAAAGCGCGACUUCACGAAGAAUCCGGUCUACAUGGGGGACUACCAGGAUACCGAUGACUACCCGGACGGUGACACCUACGAGAUCGAGGAGGACGAGGCGCUGGACGACGAUGAGAAGGCGAUGUGGAACGAAGCCGAGGAGUCGGCACAGGAGGCCAUGGCAGCUCUCCAAGUGGCGAAGAAGACCUUGAAGGAAGCAAGGUACAAACAACAUGCUGUAAAAAUGGCACGCCAGUUCUACAAGCCCAACAUGCAGCGACCUCAGCGGCCCAGGAGUAGCGGCGACGGAGUACCUGCUCGAGAUGACUCAAAGAUGACAUGCCUACGCUGCGGCAAGGUUGGCCACAGGGCGGCCAACUGCAGCCAGCCCCCACAAGCGGCCAAGGUGACCAACGAGGUGCCGGAGGACAACCCGACCUCGUCGUUCGUGUGUUACUCGGAGACCGAGAACCUGGCGAUGAGCGUGGGGCUGAGCACCGAUGAAGCAGUUAAGAAGGGCAUGGCAGUGAUCGAUGGUGGGGCGACAAAAACAUUGUCGUCGAUCGCUGCGCUAGAGCACAUCAUGAAGCGCAACAUGCAGGAGAAGGGCUUCGAUGGCCUGGUGGGAAUGAGCUUACAGGAUAGACCGCUCUUCUCGUUUGGGAAUGGCACGCAGGACCGAUGCGCCUCAACAGUGCAGCUACGCUUGGAUGCUGCCGAGAAACGAGGCGAGCUGACCGUGCACUGUCUUGAUCGAGGAGAAGGCCCCCUGCUGCUCAGCAUCGACGCGCUCCGGCUCAUCAAAGUUGAGCGGUCGCAGACAGGUCCCGAAGGAAAAACGGAGGACGAGAAGUCUCUGGGUCGAUACAUGGCGAACCUCAACAAGAUGACCAAGGCGGCGUUGCAGGACGAGCUGUUCGAGACCUACGGGGAGAAGGCGCCAACGAAGUGGACCAAGUUAGAACUCAAGGCACGCAUCAACGAACUUCGGGGCGACGAGGAGGUGGCCCCCACGUCCGGUUCGACCUUGCAGGACCGCACGAGGGACCUGAGGAAGGCUGCGAAGAAGAAGAGCGACUUGAUCGAGUUCUGCCGCCACAUCCAGGUGGAGCUCAACGGGAACGAGACGAUGGCAGUGAUGGAAAGUCGAGCGCUACGACGUCUCCAGGAGACGUGCAAGGCGGGGCCACAGGACUUCGUCGGCUUCGGGAAGUACAGCCACCUCCAGUACAUCAACAUCUUGACCGGCUACGAGGAGUACGGAAGGUGGGCAAAGCAAAUGUACAAGGAGGACCCGGAGGGGAACAGCACGGACCCUCGGUUGCGACGUCUGGCGCAAUGGUUGCUGGACAACGAGGAUCAGAAGGACACGGAGAGGGUGAAGCGGGCGCCCCGCGAAGAGCGCCGAGCGAUCGCUGGCCGCGAACCGGGCCAGAGCAGUACUUCAUCGGCUCCGACGACGACAACGGGGAACCCGUCCUUGGAGAGCGUGAUUCACGAGCAGAACAAGCGGAUGGAUCAAAUGGCGAAUGUGAUCGAGUUGCUUCGCACCGAGCUGACCGCGACUCGGGGCGAAAGGCCCCGGAAGGGGGCGGAACGCCGGGAAGAUUCGGAGGGACAGAAGGACGAGGAUGCCUACAUGACGGAGGGCUCCUACAGCCUGGUGUCGGACCCGGGGAAUCCGAAGUCCACGAGGAAGUGA